CGGAUCCCCAAGAUCGGAAGGAGUAGACUUGCUUUAACCGCUUUUUCUUUCUUUCUUUAUUUCAGUCAUUCACUUAAUCCUCGCUUGCAAUCUACGACUACGACAACUUUUCGAUCACUGAUUUCGAAGCGAAGCGUUUAUUUUUUUUUAUUUUUUUUUCAGAUUCAGACCUAAACUCUAUGGCCAACACAUUACGGUUAUACUUGACCUGCAUUCGGAACACACUCGAAGCCGCAAUGUGCCUCCAGAACUUCCCUUGUCAAGAAGUUGAAAGGCAUAACAAGCCUGAGGUUGAACUCAAGACCAGCCCUGAACUCCUGCUCAAUCCCGUUUUGAUAUGCCGAAAUGAGGCUGAAAAAUGCUUAAUAGAAACAUCUAUUAAUUCAUUGCGGAUAAGUCUUAAGGUGAAGCAGGCUGAUGAACUUGAAAACAUACUGACCAAGAAAUUUCUUAGAUUUUUGUCAAUGAGAGCUGAGGCUUUCCAAGUACUGAGGAGAAAGCCUGUGCAGGGAUAUGACAUCAGCUUCCUUAUAACAAAUUACCACUGUGAGGAGAUGCAGAAGCAGAAACUCAUAGAUUUUAUAGUGCAAUUUAUGGAGGAUAUUGAUAAAGAGAUAAGCGAGCUCAAAAUGUCGGUGAACACACGGGGGAGGCUCGUGGCUACAGAAUUUUUGAAGCAGUUUAUCUGAUGCUUUAGAUAGAACUACCAAAUCUGUGUAAAUUGUAUUAAUGCAGAUCUAGUCCCACCUUACUUCUCAAGUGCUUGGCCCCUUGAGCCAAUGGUUUGUGUUUUUAUUAAUUUUAACAGCAGUUUAGAAUAAUUUUUGUAGAGUUUACUACAGUAUAUGAAGAAAAAUGCGACAAACAUGUAUGUCACGCGGAGAAAAU